AUGUCUAGCGCUGAUAGAAUUGAUUUCGAGAUGGAAGUUGAGGUAGAAAGUGCUUCAUCUGGCCCAUCAGUAGACGUUCCUAAUCCUGCUUCUCCUGCAGCACCUCCCCCGGGAGUCAACAAAAGUAUUGUGGUUACAAAUGCUUCGUCUGGUUCUGUUACCGUAUCACUUCAUCCCCUAGUUAUUAUGAAUGUUUCGGAACAUUGGACCAGAUUACGAGCUCAAGAAGGUUCUCCACAAACAGUGGUUGGGGCACUAAUAGGCAAACAAAAAGGAAGAAAUAUUGAAGUAAUGAAUUCAUUUGAACUAGUAUUCAGUGUUAUUGAAGGGGAUAUUGUUAUUGACAGGGACUACUAUAAUUUAAAGGAAGAACAAUUUAAACAAGUAUUUUCUGAAAUGGAUUUCCUGGGUUGGUAUACAACUGGCGAGACUCCAACUGAAAGGGACAUUGCAGUACACAGACAAAUUUGUGAUAUUAAUGAAUGUCCUGUUAUGUUAAUGCUACACCCAGGUGGCAGGAAUGGUGAGCAACUGCCGGUAGAUCUAUAUGAAUCAGUAAUAGAUGUGGUGAACGGAAGAGCAACAAUGUUACUCGCUCCACUUACAUAUACUUUGGCUGCUGAAGAAGCUGAGAGAAUUGGAGUGGAUCAUGUAGCUAGGGUAUCAUCUGGUGAAGGAGCAUUUAACAGCUUAGUCGCGGACCACUUAACAGCCCAGCGGUCAGCUAUAAAAAUGCUAGUCUCCAGAGUAAGAGCAGUGCUUAGCACAGUACGGGCAAUUAGGGAUGGUACUUUGCCUCCAAGACCAGCGUUACUUAGAGAAGCGCGAGCUUUAGCAAAUCGCCUGCCUUUGCUCACAUCACAACAGUUUCGCACACAUUUCUAUAAUCAAUGCAACGAUGUGGCGCUCAUGACCUACCUGGGUACAAUCACAAAGGGAUGUAACGCUAUCAACCAGUUAGUGAAUAGAUUCAAUGUGAUGUAUGACAGACAGGGUGUGGGACGGCGCAUGAGGGGUCUUUUCUUUUAG